CCUGCACAGCCGGCUGUUCAAUUUCGGAUUCGUAGUGAGGCUGUAGUGUUGCAAACAUGGAGGAAGCAAAAAACAAGGACAAAAAAUCCCCAGAAAAGACGGAGGAGAAGGGGCAGCAGGCCCCCGGAAAGGACAAAGAGAAGAAAGAGGAGCAAGAGCUGUCUGAGGAAGACAAGCAGCUUCAAGAGGAGCUGGAGAUGAUGGUGGAGAGACUGAGUGAGAAGGACACCUCCCUGUAUCGUCCUGCCCUGGAGGAGCUCCGGAGGCAGAUCCGCUCCUCCACCACCUCCAUGACCUCUGUGCCCAAGCCCCUCAAGUUCCUGCGCCCACACUAUGCUAAGCUGAAGGAGAUCUACGAGGGCAUGGCCCCUGGGGACAACAAGCGCUUCUGUGCAGACGUGGUGUCAGUCCUUGCCAUGACGAUGAGUGGAGAGCGAGAGUGUCUGAAGUACCGUCUGCUGGGGUCACAGGAAGAACUGGCAUCGUGGGGUCAUGAAUACGUCAGGCACCUGGCAGGGGAGGUGGCUAAGGAGUGGCAGGAGGUGGAGGAGAGUGAUCGGGGGCAGCAGGAGACCCUACUGAAGCUGGUAAAGGAGAUCGUUCCCUACAACAUGGCCCACAACGCUGAGCACGAGGCCUGCGAUCUGCUCAUGGAGAUCGAACGGCUCGACAUGCUGGAGCAUUACAUAGAUGAGAACGCCUACGCCAAGGUCUGCCUCUACCUGACCAGCUGUGUGAGCUACGUGCCUGAGCCAGAGAAUUCUGCUCUGCUCAAAUGCGCUCUGAACAUCUUCCGCAAGUUCAACCGCUACCCUGAGGCGCUGCGCCUGGCCCUGAUGCUCAACGACAUGGAGCUGGUGGAGAACAUCUUCACCUCCUGCAAAGACAUUGUCAUCCAGAAGGAGAUGGCCUUUAUGCUGGGGAGACAUGGUAUGUUCCUGGAGCUGAAUGAGGACGUGGAAGACUAUGAAGACCUGACUGAGAUCAUGUCCAACGUCCAGCUCAACAGUAACUUCUUGGCACUGGCCAGAGAGCUGGAUAUCAUGGAACCCAAAGUCCCUGAUGACAUCUACAAAACUCAUUUAGAGAACAACAGGUUUGGGGGCAGUGGUUCCCAGGUAGAUUCUGCGAGGAUGAACCUGGCUUCCUCCUUUGUGAACGGUUUUGUGAAUGCAGCUUUCGGGCAGGACAAGCUGCUGACAGACGACGGCAACAAGUGGCUGUAUAAGAACAAGGAUCACGGCAUGUUGAGUGCGGCUGCCUCCCUGGGAGUAAUUCUGCUGUGGGAUGUGGAUGGAGGUCUGACUCAGAUAGAUAAAUAUUUGUAUUCCUCUGAGGACUACAUCAAGUCGGGUGCCUUGCUGGCCUGUGGUAUUGUGAACUCUGGCGUGAGAAACGAGUGUGACCCUGCCCUCGCCCUGCUGUCAGAUUAUGUCCUGCACAACAGCAACAUCAUGAGGAUAGGGGCUAUCUUUGGACUUGGCCUGGCCUACGCUGGCUCCAACCGAGAGGACGUCCUGUCUCUGCUGCUGCCUGUCAUGGGAGAUUCCAAAUCCAGCAUGGAGGUGGUAGGUGUGACUGCCCUGGCAUGUGGUAUGAUCGCUGUGGGAUCCUGCAAUGGGGACGUCACUUCCACUAUCGUCCAGACCAUCAUGGAAAAGUCUGAGCAGGAGUUGAAGGACACCUACGCCCGCUGGCUACCCCUGGGGCUGGGACUAAACCACCUUGGUAAAGGCGAGGCCAUUGAGACCACGCUUGCUGCACUGCAGGUUGUGCCUGAACCCUUCCGCAGUUUCGCCAACACACUUGUUGACGUGUGUGCUUAUGCAGGUUCGGGCAAUGUGCUAAAGGUUCAGCAGCUGCUCCACAUCUGCAGUGAGCACUAUGACACAAAGGACAAGGAGGAAGAGAAAGACAAGAAAGACAAGAAGGACAAGGAGAAGAAAGAGAGCUCUGCAGACAUGGGGUCCCACCAGGGUGUGGCUGUUCUGGGCAUUGCACUUAUUGCCAUGGGAGAAGAGAUUGGAUCAGAGAUGGCUCUGCGGACGUUUGGACAUCUGCUGCGUUAUGGAGAGCCCACUCUUCGGCGUGCAGUGCCACUGGCCUUGGCUCUGAUCUCCGUCUCAAACCCGCGGCUCAACAUCCUAGACACGCUGAGCAAGUUCUCCCACGAUGCCGACCCCGAGGUCUCGUACAACUCCAUCUUUGCCAUGGGCAUGGUUGGCAGUGGAACAAACAAUGCCCGUCUGGCUGCCAUGCUGAGGCAGCUGGCACAGUACCAUGCCAAGGACCCCAACAACCUCUUUAUGGUCAGGCUGGCACAGGGUCUGACUCAUCUGGGUAAAGGCACACUCACAUUGUGCCCUUACCACAGUGACCGGCAGCUCAUGAGCCAGGUUGCAGUCGCCGGACUGCUCACUGUCCUUGUCUCUUUCCUGGAUGUCAAGAACAUCAUCCUGGGGAAGUCCCACUACGUUCUGUAUGGACUGGUGGCUGCCAUGCAACCCCGAAUGCUGGUCACCUUCGACGAGGAGCUGCGGCCGCUGCCCGUGUCUGUUAGAGUGGGACAGGCAGUGGAUGUGGUGGGACAGGCCGGGAAGCCCAAAGCCAUCACAGGAUUCCAGACACACACCACACCUGUGCUGCUUGCUCAUGGGGAGAGGGCAGAGCUGGCCACAGAAGAAUACAUCCCUGUUACCCCCAUUUUGGAGGGCUUUGUCAUCCUGCGCAAGAACCCCAACUAUGAUGCCUAAGUCCCCUGUCCCAUCUGUGUUCCCCUCCCCCAACCCAAACUUCCUAAGACUGACCUGACAGCUAGGGUGUGCAACCCUGGCUGUUUUUCUUCCCUGUGUCCUCACCUUGUCUCUCCUGACAUUGCUGAACAGGUUGGUAUGUGACUGAGCAAUGUGCGGAGCUGUGGGAUCCAGGUACAUGGUGCCCCCAACCAAGCACUGACCAAGGAUAAUUUACCCCAGGCCCAACCCUAACCCUCAGUGCAAAAAAGGAUUUAUGCUCAGUUGCUUGGAGUCACUAUGAUUCAACAACAUAACUGGCAUGGGGAGGAAUUAAAGAGCCAGGGAGGCCCACCUUUUUCUCUACAGACCUAUUUCUGCUAUGGGCAAGCUCAGACCCUCCACAUCACUUUGGUGGAUAGUGGAUUAACCCAGAGGGGAAAAUGGUGGCUGUUAUCACUCUCAGUAGGUAGUGCCCCUAAACGCUAAUGUAGGCUCAGAGAACUGAACCCUAUUACACCCAAAUGUUUUAUCCAAAAAGCUACAACAAAUCCAGGGUCAGUGCUUCAGGGGCACUAUCUACAACACCUAUUUUCUUUUUUUCUUCCUCUCUCUAUCGUUAUAACAAGGUUCAGUUCAGUAAGGCAGGUAUAUAAACACUUAAGAGAUGGAGCCGGAUGUAACAACAGCACUGUUGACAGAUACGUUGAGAGAUUUUUUAAAAUUCUUUUGUUUUGAGCCUUCCUCCAUUUGUAAUAAGAGCAUGUAAAAUGUCUGCUAUAUCCAGUUUUUUGUCGUCAUUGGUUUUGUUACAGAAAUGUAAAAGGUUGAAAUAAAAUAAUUU